AUGGCUACGUCCGACGCGGCAACUCACGACCCUCUCCUUUCCCUCCGCCGCGCAAUUGCGGCCGGCAGCCUCCCAACACCGACGACCUCCCCCGAGCUUUCUGAUGCAACGGCCACCGAGGACCUCGCCAAAGCCUCAUAUCUUUACUUCACACAGCCGACCCCUCAAACAAUUCCAUUGGCGACCCCGACGCGAUUUAUUUCCGCGAACUCAGGCUCCCCGGUUGACCUGCGCAGUAUCCUGUUCGCUUGGCAGAACAAAGAUGUCGCUAUCCCCGAGUACUUUGCCUCGGCCAAUCAGUUCAAUGAGACAUUGAAACAGAAGGGCCCACAAGAAGAUGACAAGGAAGAAAGCGUACAGAUUCUUGUCUUCGUCGAACGUCUCGAUCUCAUCACUUGGCUGGAAGGCGCUUCCGAUGAAAGUGAACAUAUCAAGCCUCUUGAGGGUGCUGCUGCCGCUGCGGAAGCAGCCGCUAAAGCAGCCGGUGCUGCACAGGCCGAGGCCGCCGCCGGAAUCGCGGCUGGCACGGCUGGCGGUGCCUCGACCGCGCCUGGUACCGCAGGAGCAGCACCAGCUGGAGCUCAAGCUGGCCGCCCACAGAAGCUCAUUGGGCCUCGGCUGCAGGAGAUUUACAAUGGAGAGCGCAAGACAGGUGACCGGAACACAGUGCUACGCGGAAUUAAGCCAACAGACUUCUCCCAUGUUCGUAAGAGCGCUGAAGUAUUCCUCAGCCGCAACCGCUCCGGUCACCCAGCCAAAACCGGCAGCAAGCCCCAGGUUCCCGCGCCCUCAGCAGGACUCCCGAUCUCAUCGCGCAAGUCCACAUCACACUCGCGCCCAGAUCCUAUUAUCCUGAUCUCGCCUUCCGCCUCCUCCCUCAUCCGCAUGUCGAACGUCAAGUCCUUUUUGGAGGAUGGUGUCUUUGUGCCACCCGACCACCCAACUCUUUCCAGCGCAACCAACGCGAAUCUGGUGAAGCUGGAACGCCCUCUCCGCGGAGACCCCUCCAACCCGAACUCCGGCGCAAUUGGCUCCCGGGGCGGCUCCAAGCCCACCAGACCGACAAAGUUCAUUAUCGUCGACGGCACCACCAAUUUCAAGCCCGAGUACUGGGACCGCCUUGUGGCCGUCUUCACUACCGGCCAGACUUGGCAGUUCAAGUCUUACAAGUGGUCGUCCCCACCCGAGCUGUUCAAGCACGCCACUGGUGUUUAUGUAGGAUGGCGAGGCGAGGAUGUCCCUAGCCAAGUUAAGGGCUGGGGCCGCGGCGUGCAAAAUUUCGCUGUUGAGCGCUGGGAUGAGAAGAAUGGUCCGCAGGGUGGUGGUCGCUGGCGUGAUCGUGAGAUCGUCGAGGGUAUCUGGACUGCUAUUGAGGAGGGCAUGAGACUUCGUGGUUGGUCCAAAUAG